AGCACAAAGGCGACGCAAGCAGGCAGCUUUCCUCGCUCACUCUCGCCUCUCAUCUCCCCCCGGCCCUCUCGCGCACCAACUCUUUCAAAUCCACCUUUUUCGCGUGCCCGUGCCGAUUCCGUCGUGCUCGCCGUCGAUUCUGGAUGAGGCGGCGGCACUGACCGGGCCCGAAUCCGCCGCCGCCGCCGCCACAUGGGGCAGCCGCAGCAGCGAGUCUACCAAGCUUGGAAAGGGAAUAAUAAGUUCAUCCUUGGAGGGAGGCUCAUAUUCGGACCCGAUGCCAAGUCCCUGCUCGUCUCGGUUGCGCUCAUUGCGGUGCCGGUUUUGGUCUUCUGCGCGUUCGUCGCGCCGCACCUUCUCCAUCGAUUCUCCGCGUACAACGCGGGAUAUGCGAUUCCUGCCGUAGCGAUUGUGUUUAUGAUCUAUGUGCUUCUGUUGCUGUUGACCACCUCAGCUCGGGAUCCUGGUAUUGUCCCUCGAGCAUCACAUCCACCAGAGGAAGAUUUUACGUAUGGCAACCCGUUAGCUGGGGAAACACCGGGCAGGCUGCAGUUCCCCCGUAUAAAGGAAGUGAUGGUUAAUGGGAUGCUUGUGAAAGUGAAGUAUUGUGAUACCUGCAUGAUUUACCGGCCUCCUCGGUGUUCGCACUGUUCAAUAUGCAACAAUUGCGUGGAGCGCUUUGAUCAUCAUUGCCCCUGGGUUGGACAAUGCAUUGGUCAGCGCAAUUACAGAUACUUUUUCCUAUUCGUUUCUUCAUCGACUCUUCUUUGCAUUUAUGUCUUUGCCAUGUCGGCAUUACACAUAAAGUUUCUCAUGGACGAAGACUACCCUACAGUAUGGAAGGCUUUGAAACACUCUCCAGCUUGCUUGGUGCUUAUGAUAUAUUGCUUCAUUGCUCUCUGGUUUGUUGGCGGACUCACUGGAUUUCAUUCGUAUCUCAUUAGCACAAACCAGACGACAUACGAGAAUUUUCGAUACAGGGCAGACAGCAGGCCUAACGUCUAUGACCAAGGGUGUCUGAAUAAUUUCCUAGAAGUCCUGUGCAGUAAGGGGAAACCUUCUAAACACAGGUUCCGAGCCUAUGUUCAAGAGGAAGUACGCGCUCCAGUAGUUAACUUUGGUAGGCAGAUGGAAGAAGAACCAGCUGGUGGCCCUCGUGCAAAAGUAGAAGAUGAUCUUGAGAUUGGCAGUGAUCUCCUGAAGAUCUCUCAGCGGCGCAAUUACGAGGAUGUUGAUGUUGAAAUGGGAAGUCAAGACUACAGCGAGAGUGAAGGCACGGGCAAUGCCAAACUGGGGAUGGGUUCAGGAUCGCAGAUCCCUGCGGUUGGAAGUGAGGUACGAGUACGGCACUCGAGCUGGGACCAAAGAAGUGGAAACUGGGACAUGUCAUCGGAUGUAAUUGGAAGGAGCGCAUCGGAUGUGCUUGGGAGAAGUUCUUCACUCACCCAGGUUUCAUCUCCAUCUCGAAGAGAAAAUCACUAGCCGGUUCCGUGAGAAUUAUGAAUGUGUGUUAGGGAGUUGGAUUCUGCGGUUGGUUGCGGAUGGUGACGUACACCCGGAGAGCAAAGAAGAACAAUGACCAAAUGCAUUUUGACUUUUGACUGCCAAAUCUGGUAUUUUUGAUCCUAUUUCAUGUAUGAAGACUUGUUGUAGUCAAAAGGAUUUGUGGUACCGGGGGGUCGUUUUUGCGCCGCUGUCACCCAAAGGUGUCUAUAUCAUUCUUUAUGUAAAUUACUAAUGCGGGAUACUCAUCCACCUGUAAUUCCUAUCCAUCUCAUCUUGAGAAUGUCUCCAGCGCGAAUCUCGGUUAGCUUUC